AUGUGGCAACAUGAGGACAACUGGACGCGUCGCACCUCCAACAAGUCCCUGCAAGCUGUUGAGACGGUCAAGAUCGUCCGCUAUACUAUUAGAUGGCGAGAUGAGGCUUCGGCAGCUGUUCUGUGUCCUGAUACUUGCGGAUGA